GAUCUACAAUUAUUGUAUUUCGCCACAACUGAAUUUCUUCCAAUUCCAUCGCCGGUCUCUCUCUAAAAACAAUUGCAGUCAAAAUUGCAGUCAAAAUUGCAAUUUCAUACAAUACCUACUUUCAAUCGUCUUCUCUUGGCGGUGUUUGAAUCACUCGCAGAAUUUGCAGUAGCUGUUUUAGGCGGCUGUGAAUGGACGGCAACAAUUGGCGGACAGCGCAAGGGCAAGUUCAGAUGCCCGGUCAGGUAAUCGGCGGCGAAGCAGUGCCCUCCGGCGGUAUGGAAGGCGGCGAUUGGAGGACUCAGCUGCAGCAGGACUCCAGACAGAGGAUUGUAAACAAGAUAAUGGAGACAUUGAAGAGGCAUCUUCCUUUCUCUGGACAAGAGGGACUGCAGGAACUCAAGAAAAUAGCCGUCAGAUUUGAGGAAAAAAUAUAUACUGCGGCAACUAGCCAGUCAGAUUAUUUAAGAAAAAUAUCUCUGAAAAUGUUGACAAUGGAGACGAAAUCUCAGAAUCCUAUUGCAAAUUCUCUUCAGCCUAAUGCUGCAAGUAAUAGCAAAAAUCCCCAAGAUCCUGCUUCGCAAAGCAUGCAGUCCCAAAUGCAAAAUCAGGUUCAGCAAUUACCAAUCCCAAUGGUCUCCAAUCAAUCUCGACAACAGAUGUUAUCCCAAAAUAUCCAGAAUAACAUCCCAUCAACUGGAGUGUCGAAUUCUGCUGGUUUGACUCCCUCAAUGCCCCCUGUUGGUGGCAUGUCCCAGGGUGCCAUGCCCAAUGUUUCUGUCCAGAAUCCUAACAUGCAAAACAUGUCUAAUGUUUCUGUCCAGAAUCCUAACAUGCAAAACAUGUCUAAUGUUUCUGUCCAGAAUCCUAACAUGCAAAACAUGUCUAAUGUAACUUCGAAUGCGGUAGGGAAUUCAAUGGGGCAAGGUGUGCCUGCUAAUAUGUAUGCAAACUCUCAGAGACAAAUUCCAGGCAGGCAGCAACAGGUUGUUUCUCAGGAUGCUCAGCAGCAGUCUCAGAAUUCACAGCAGUAUCUUUACAAUCAGCAGCUACAACAACAAUUUUUGAAGCAAAAAUAUGGGCAGGGAGGUGUGCAACAAUCCAUGAUGCAGCUACAGCAGCAGCAGCAACAGCAGAACCAAAACCAAUUGCAGCCGAAUCAGCUCAUGUCCUCUCAGCCGGCAGUUAUGCAAUCUUCUUUGAGGCAAGCAUCAGCUUCGUCAACACUUCAAAAUCAACAGACAACUCUUCAGCAAUCAACUCAAUCUAUGCUUCAACAGCAACCACAACCAAUCCCCAGGCAACAGCAGCAACAACAACCUGCCGUCAUGCAUCAGCAGCAAAGUUCUAUGUCUCAGCACCCAAUGAUGUCUAGUCAGCAGCAGCUUAGUGCGCAGCAGCCAAGUACUGCAAACAUACAACAAAAUCAGAUGAUUGCCCAACAGAAUAACAUGCUCGACACACAGCAUCAACAUCAGCAACAACAACAGCAAAGGAUCAUGGCUCAGCAGAACAACAUCUCCAACAUGCAGCAGCAUCAGUCAAUCAAUCAACAAAAUAACCUUCCAAACAUGCAUCAACAGCAGUCAACUGGUCAGCAGAAUAACCUCCCAAAUAUGCAUCAGCAACAAACAGGUGGUCAGACAAAUAUUUCGGGCUACCAACAGCAGCAAAUGGGUGGAAUUCAACAUGGUAAUUCCAGCUUACAAUCAAAUCAGCAACCUGUUCAUAUGCUACAGCAAUCCAAGGUUGCAGUUCAGCAGCAAAUGCAGCAGAAUAUGACAAAUAUGUUGCCUAACCAAUCUCAACCAUCCCAGUCACAGCCAAUGCAGCAACAGUUGAUGUCACAGAUCCAAUCACAGCCAGGGCAGCUGCAACAGCAAAUGGGUUUGCAACAACAGUCAAAUACAUUACCGAGAGACAUGCAACAAAGAAUUCAAUCAUCUGGUCCCAUGCUUCAACAGCAAACCACAAUCGAUCAACAGAAACAGUUGUUGCAAUCUUCAAGAGUUAUGCCAGAGGUGCCAUUGACAUCUUUAGAUUCCUCCUCACAGACUGGGAAUGCAACUGGAGGGGAUUGGCAAGAGGAAAUUUAUCAAAAGAUUAAAUCCAUGCAUGAGAUGUAUUACCCUGAACUGAAUGAGAUGUUCCAGCGAAUGGCUGCCAAGCUGCAACAGCAUGAUUCUCAUCCUCAGCAGCCCAAGAACGAGCAACUUGAAAAACUAAGAUUUCUUAAGCUUAUGUUGGAGCGGCUAAUUAUGUUUCUGCGGACAAAUAAGAAUGACAUCCAGCCCAGUCACAAAGAGAAGAUUGUGGGAGUUGAAAAGCAGAUUGUGAAUAUUCUCAACUCAAAUAGGCCUAGAAAGCAUGUUCCUUCAAUCCAAGGGCAGCUCACGCAGCCUCACAUGCAUGCCUUGCAACAGCCUCAGCAACAACAGCCUCAAAUGUCUCAAAUGCACUCGAAUGAUGGUCAAAUGAAUUCUCAGAUGCAAACAAUGAAUAUACAGGGUUCUGUGAUGCCUACACAGCAGAAUAAUUUGACCAGUAUGCAGCAUAAUACCUUAUCCUCCAGCUCCGGUGUUUCAAAUUCUCGUCAAAAUAUGCUGGAUGGACUGCAGCCUAGUUCAAAUACUGAUCCUGGGCAGGGAAAUUCACUUAACCAAAUGCAGCAGCAAGGAGCUAUGAACCCCAUACAACAAAAUUCGGUGGGUGGCUCUCAGCAGAUGGCUAGCUCUAUAUCUUCACAAAAUGGGCUGACAUCGCUCCAGUCAAAUGUUAAUUCCUUGCAACCAAAUUCAAAUAUUCUUCAACCACAGCAAAUAAAACAGGAGCAGCAAAUAUUUUCGACCCAGCAACUAAAGCAUUACCAGCAAAGGCAGAUGCAGCAACAAUAUUUGCAGAGACAACAAUUAAUCCAGCAGCAGCAGCAGCAGCAGCAGCAGCAACAAACUUCUCAGCAGCAAUCGGGACAGCUGCCUGGACAGCAAAUGAUGCAACUCAAUCAAAUGAAUGACACAAAUGACAUAAAGAUGAGACACCAGAUGGGUGCUAAAUCUGGAGUUCUUCAACAGCAUAACUCGUCUGGCCAACGAACUUCAUUUCAUCACCAACAAAUGAAGUCUGGAACGCCAUUCUCCAUGUCGUCACAGAAUGCUCUUCAGGCAGCAUCCCCACAGAUUGGUCAUCAUUCUUCUCCACAAAUUGACCAGCAAAAUAUUCUGACUUCACAUAACAAGGCUACAACUCCCUUGCAAUCUGCAAACUCACCAUUUGUUGCCCCAUCUCCUUCAACUUCCAUGGCUCCAUCACCAAUGCCAGGGGACUCAGAGAAAAUGAAUUCUGGUGUAUCAUCAAUCUCAAAUGCUGUGAAUGGCAUGCAUCAUCCAACCACUACAGUGUCAAUGCCAAACCAGUCCCUUGCUAUCGGAACUCCUGGGAUAUCAGCUUCGCCUUUACUUGCAGAAUUCCACAGUCCUGAUGUUACUCAUGGUGUUGUUCCAACCAUUGUUUCUGGAAACUCUAAUGUAGUUGAACAGCCAGUUGAACGCUUAAUAAAAGUGGUGAAGUCCAUCUCUCCGAAAGCUUUAAGUGCCUCUGUUAGUGACAUUAGCUCUGUAGUCAGUAUGGUCGACAGAAUUGCGGGAUCUGCUCCGGGUAAUGGAUCACGUGCUGCUGUUGGUGAAGAUUUGGUUGCUAUGACUAAAUGCCGCUUGCAGGCCAGAAAUUUCUUCACUCAAGAUGGACCUAGUGGUACGAAGAAAAUGAGACGUUAUACUAGUGCAAUGCCAUGUAAUGUUGUUUCAUCUAGUGGGAGUGUUAAUGAUAGCAUCAGGCAUUUAAAUGGUAAUGAAUCUGAUGGAGAAUCCACUGGAGCAUCGAAAGCCAAAAGCCCUAAACUUGAGGCUAACCAUGCACUUGAAGAAGAGUUGCGAGACAUAAAUCAAAAACUUAUAGACACUGUCGUCUAUAUCAGUGAAGAUGAUGUUGAUCCAACAGCAGUUGCUGCUGCUUCUGAGGGUGGAGAAGGAACUAUUGUGAAGUGCUCUUUCAGCGCUGUGGCUCUUAGCCCGAAUUUGAAGUCACAAUAUGCUUCUGCCCAAAUGUCUCCAAUUCAACCUCUAAGACUGCUGGUUCCAAACAAUUAUCCAAAUUGCUCUCCUAUACUUCUGGACAAGUUUCCAGCUGAAGUCAGUAAGGAAUAUGAAGAUCUCUCCAUAAAGGCCAAAUCAAGAUUUAGCAUUUCUCUGCGAAGUCUUGCACAGCCAAUGUCACUUGAGGAGAUAGCCAGAACAUGGGAUAAUUGCGCUCGCGCUGUUAUUUCUGAAUAUGCCCAGCAAAGUGGCGGUGGAACCUUCAGCUCAAAAUACGGAACAUGGGAGAACUGCCUCAGUGCAGCCUGAAUGAGUGAAACAUUGAGCUCGACAAAUAAGAUGCUAUGUCAAAUGUAACUUCUGUGAACUCUUGAGAUGUGGGUUCGCAAGCUUCUGUAAAGAGUGUCGAAAAUCGUUUUUCACAAAUUAUGUAUGAGAAGUUGUGUAUUUUAUGCGAUGUAUAUUAAUGUCUUAA